AUGGCAAGCACGGUGAACGAGAUCGCGUCCCAGACGAGCGAGAAUCUUACGGAGUACCAAAAUGCGACAAACACGAGAGAUCCCUCGACUCCCGAGGGGAUGGCCAUCGCGUACUGUAGCCUCAUUAUUAUGGCCAUUCUGCCGAUCUUUUUCGGCAGCUAUCGCGCCGUUAGACAUCAUAAGGAGCAGCAGCAACAGUAUAAAGCCAGUGGUGAGCAGCCCGAAAUAAUGUCUUGCAGAGAGGCUGCUAUGUUUCCCUUCAUCUCCAGCGUUACGUUAGUUGGCUUGUAUAUACUGUAUAAGGUAUUUGCAAAAGAAUAUGUAAACAUGAUAUUGGCCGGAUAUUUCUUCUUUCUUGGCAUUCUAGCUCUGUGUCAUCUUACAAGUCCACUGAUCUCGUCAUUGGUGCCAGCUGCCAUCCCAAAGACACAGUACCAUAUUUCAUUCACAAGUGAGAACGAGGAAUGUAUAAUCAACUAUAAGUUCAAUUUACAUGACAUUGUUUGUCUUAUAUGCUGCUCAUUUGUGGGUGCUUGGUACCUCUUGAAGAAGCACUGGAUAGCCAACAACUUAUUUGGUAUCGCGUUUGCGAUUAACGGAGUUGAACUGUUACAUCUCAAUAAUGUUGUUACUGGGUGCAUUUUGCUGUGCGGUCUUCUUUUCUACGACGCUUUCUGGGUGUUUGGUACAGAUGUGAUGGUGACUGUCGCAAAGUCCUUCGAGGUGCCCAUCAAGCUCGUCUUUCCACAGGAUCUUUUAGAGAAGGGCUUGAGUGCUGGUAACUUUGCCAUGUUAGGGCUGGGUGAUAUCGUGCUGCCCGGUAUUUUUAUCGCAUUGCUGCUACGAUUCGAUAAUAGCCUGAGCAGGAAAACAAAUGUCUACUUCUAUUCGACAUUUUUCGCAUACUUUAUGGGAUUGCUCAUAACCAUAAUGAUCAUGCACCUAUUUAAUCACGCACAACCCGCUCUACUGUAUUUAGUCCCGGCGUGCUUAGGUACGCCGUUGUUGUUAGCAUUAGUAAAAGGAGACCUCAAGGCGUUGUUCUCAUACGAGGAUCAUCCGUCGCAACCAGCAAAUGCGGCGCAACAGGCGGAGCAGACGCAAGUAGACGCGAAAAAAGAUAAAUAAUAAUUUUAAUUUAACAGAUAAAACGAUGAGAAACUCGACAUUAUUAUCGUGCUGUAAUUAUCUCCCGAAUUCAUCGCGCCUACGGGAAAAGACAAAGAAAACGGAAAUAGUUCAUGGUUCACGCUCAAGACGUACAAUCAUGCGUUGUAAAAUAUAAUAGCGUAUAACUUAUGCCUUUGCAUGCACGUGAACUGCGAGGUAAUUCGAUAUACUUUCGGCUUUACCGUUUAAAAAUGGAACUGUGUGCGAUGUAAAUCCGAUGUUACCGAUAUUACAUGUAGUUUUGCGUUUGCGCGAAUGUUGAUUGGACCUUAGUCCGAUUGUAAGGGGCGAAACUCUACGAGAAAAAGAUAUAGAAUGUGAUGAUUGAGCGCGGCGAUUCAUUUGCAUGCAAGAUUAAUACGGAAUUUUUAUCACUCAUGUGUGGUAUUAACGGACAGAUGUGUGUGUGUGUGUGUGUGUGAGAGAGAGAGAGAGAGAGAGAGGGGUAUACUGAGGAUAUGAAAAAAAAAAAAAGACAUUGUUAUCCGUUACGUGCAAUGGUAAUAGCGAGUUUCAUUAUUUCGUAUAGCGAGCGAGUAGAGUAGAAUGCGAAGAUACUUCCAAUUGUUGAUUUAUAUUUCAUAUACAUCGUGUACACACGACAGAUCGCUGCCGAUAUAUGUAAAUCCGCCUGAGUUUUGCAGUACAUUACACAGUGUGCGUUUUCUAUUUUAAAAAUUUCAGGUUCCAUAGUUACGUACAUAAGUUUUUACUGAUAUUCCAGCAUUUUCGAUGAUUUUACCACCAUGUAUGAGUGAUAAUCAUGAAUUAUUAAUAUAAAAAAAAGGGAAGGAAGAAGCGGUUUUCUCUCUUUCUUCUACAUGAUGUGUUGGAUGAAUUGGUAUGAGGAGAAGAAUUACAUAUAUAUACAUUAUACCCUAUUUAAAAUUGUCAUAAUAGAAUAUAUUAAGUCUACAAUUGUACUACACAUAAAAGCGAAUAUGGAUUUCUUUAUUUAUUUGCGAAAGAAAGGAAUUUUGGAAAGGUGUGUAUAUAUUUAUAAUUAUAGUCAGUACAAUAUAUAUUUCGAAAUUUGAUUUGCAGACACAAUAUGUACACACACACACACACACACACACAUACACAAGGUGCCCAUAUGUAUAUGUAUAUUCCUUAUUUUGGCCUGCAAGACACCUCUUCAUAUUUUUCCAUAAAUUCUGGGACACUCUGUAUGUGUGUGUAUACAUGUGUGUAUGUAUGUAUAUACACAUACACACAUAAGAUAUGAAAUUGCAUUCUUUUUAAGUUGACCAAGCAGAAUAUGGAGAAAAUUGUAACUUGGAUAAAUAAAAAAAUUUAGUACUUA